CCACUGCCGACUUAUGGUCAAGCCGAAACACAGAGCCAUACAUUAGCCUCACGAUUCAUUACAUUGAUGACAACUGGAAGCUGCAAAGCAAAUGCCUUCAGACUUCUUAUUUCCCAGACGAUCACGCCGGAUAAAUAAUUGCAGCUGGGCUGAGGGAGGCACUUUCAUCCUGGGGCUUGAAAGAGUCGCGUCAAGUAUGUAUGACUACCGACAGCGGAUCGAACAUGGUCAAAGCAUUGGAGCUGAACAAAUGGAGAAGACCAGGAUGUUUCGGACACAGGCUACACAUUGCUAUUGAGAGGAGUGUCCAAAACGAACCUCGGGUUUCCCGGGCCACAGGAGUGUGCAAGAAAGUGGUCAGCACAUUUUCCUAUAGUUGGAAGAAGCAGAAGGCCCUGACGAGUGCACAGGAUAAACUGAGCCUGCCCCUCCACGAGCUCAUCACGGAAUCCCUGACAAGGUGGGGAUCUCGACUGCAGAUGAUGGAAAGAGUCCUGGAGCAGGAAAAGGCCAUCACACAAGUCCUGGCAGCAGGCAAAAAACACAGCACCUUGCACCCUCCUGGCAAGACAUUGAGGUCUUUGAAUCUAUCACGGCAGCACUUAAGCCCCUCCAGGAUUUCACAGAUGCCCUGUCAGGAGAGACAUACGUGA